AUGUAUGUAAGCUAUAAAAAGAAUGAUGGUACACAAGUUAAAGUUCCAUUAGACAACAACUGCUACUUAGACUUAUAUGGAGACGAACAAAAGAAAUAUUUAAGAGUUUAUGAAAUGGCAGAUAUGACAUUAGCUGACCCAGCUCCAGCACCAUAUUAUUAUGACUAUGGAGAUAUGUCGAAAACACCACAUGUAGAUGAACAAAAGCUAACAUUAUAUUUAGAUUAUUAUAGAUAUAAAAGAUAUAAUGCAAUAGAAAAAACGAGAAUAGUAUAUUAUUAUGAAGAUGACAGAAAUAAAUAUUAUAGUCAAGAUUUUACCUACCCUGAAAACAUAAGAUUAUAUUAUAAAAAAUAUUCUGACACAAACCAGAAGAAACCCGAAAUAGUUGCACUAUAUUUUAAGUUCAAAAGAGACAAUCCUAUAAUAUCUCAUAUGUUUGAUUUAAUGAACCCAGUAGGUUCUAUUUAUACAUCUAUGGAUGUGAGAGGUCCUCAAGUAAUGUUUGGUGUUGGUGCAUGGGAACAAAUAGUCGACAGGUUUUUGUAUUGUGCAAACUCUUCAAAGGAAACAGGUGGAAGUAAAACGAUUUCAGGUGAAAAUUUACCUGCACACAGUCAUUAUAUAAAUUUAAGUACAUCUCAAGCAGGUUGGCAUAAGCAUAGAUAUUGGGAUUGGUCAGGAAUGACAAAAGGUCAAGGAUAUGAUGUUAAAGAGGACGUUAAGUUUGCUAUAAAUUGUUACUGGGAUGACACUCAGGGAGAAGGAAACCAUACACAUUUCGUUUCAGGAUAUACGCAAACAACGGGACAAAGUAAAGACUACAUGCCACCUUACAUGACAGUUUACGCAUGGUAUAGAAUUGCUUAG